GCUCUGUGCAGCCUCCCCUCCCCCGGCCCGCAGAGUUGAGCACAGAGGGACAGAGGGACGGAACCCCCAGAAAUGUCCCUCCUCAGAAACAGGCUCCAGGCCCUGCCUGCCCUGUGCCUCUGCGUGCUGGUCCUGGCCUGCAUUGGGGCAUGCCAGCCAGAAGCCCAGGAAGGAACCCCGAGCCCCCCGCCAAAGCUAAAGAUGAGUCGCUGGAGCCUGGUGAGUGGCAGGAUAAAGGAGCUGCUGGAGCCAGUGGUGAACAGGACCAAAGACGGGUGGCAAUGGUUCUGGAGCCCAAGCACCUUCCGGGGCUUCAUGCAGACCUACUAUGACGACCACCUGAGGGACCUGGGUCCGCGCACCAAGGCCUGGCUCCUCGAAUCCAAAGACAGCCUCUUGAACAAGACCCAUAGCCUGUGCCCCAGGCUUGUCUGUGGGGACAAGGACCAGGGUUAAAAUGUUCAUACAAGCCAGGUGUGGUUGUGGUGGGUGCCUGUAGUCCCAGCUACUCAGGAGGCUGAGGCAGGAGGAUGGCUUGAGCCCAGGAGUUCGAGACCAGCCUGGGCAACACAGCGAGAUCUCUUGGGGGUAAAACAAAAAGAAAAAAAAAAAAGUUCAUACUUCUCCAAUAAAUAAAGUCUCACCUGUGUCCCUGUCUGGAUCCUUCCCCAGUGUGGCCAGAAAAAAACCCACCCCACUGCCUCCCAGGAAUCAAUGAGUAGAAGAGGUGACACCUGAUGGGGAAGGAAGAGUAGGGGAGUCGGGAAGGGUAUCAAGGGAUAACACCCUAUUGUGGGCUUGCAGAGAAUGGGGGACUUCGAGGUGCGACAGUUUCAGGAGGGUGAGGACAGGAGCACAGGUGGAGUCAGCAGGUCCCCAUGAUGGCCCUCACUGAGAGCUUCGCCCUUGUAUCCCACAAGCUCUGACUCCAUUCCCAGUGGGCACCCAGCACCUCCCACCCCUCCACAGCCCCCAACCCAGCCUCUGUCGGAGGCGAAUUCUCAGAGUGAGGGUUCCCUGUCACUUGAGUGAAGGUUCCCU